AUGCAAUCUAAACCAAAGUUGAGAAUUUCUCAAGAAUUCAAAGGAUUAACACCUAAGAAUAUGACGAAAACAAAAAAUCAAAAAUUGGUGAAAGAUUCUACGGAAUCUGUAACCCAGCAAAGAUUUCAACAACAACGUAUUGUUCGUAAUCGAGAAGCAAGCCAAAAUUCUAGUAAGUCCACCGCUAGUGGGAGUACAUCGAAACAGCCAACUCGAGUUGGAACAACUAGAACAUCUGCUCUAUCAACAUCAGGAAGAAAACAAAUUGGGGGAGUUGUUCCAACUAGAACUUCCGCUCUACGUACACAAGUUGGGGGAGUUGUUCCAACUAGAACAUCUGCUCUACGUACACAAGUUGUGGGAGUUGUUCCAACUAGAACAUCAGCUCCAUCGACAUCAGGAAGAAAACAAAUUGGGGAAGGUAGUCAAAUCAGACAAACCUCUCCACGUACACAAGUUGGGGGAGUUGUUCCAACUAGGACAUCUGCUCCAUCAACAUCAGGAAGAAAACAAAUUGGGGAAGUUGUUCCAACUAGAACUUCCGCUCUACGUACACAAGUUGCGGGAGUUGUUCCAACUAGAACAUCUGCUCCAUCAACAUCAGGAAGACCACAAGUUGUGGGAGUUGUUCCAACUAGAACAUCUGUUCCAUCAACAUCAGGAAGACCACAAGUUGUGGGAGUUGUUCCAACUAGAACAUCUGUUCCAUCAACAUCAGGAAGACCACAAGUUGGGGGAGUUGUUCCAACUCGAACAUCCGCUCCAUCAACAUCAGGACAUCUACAAGUCGAGAGAGAUAAUGAAGAAGACCACGAGGAAUCAGGAGGGGAAGAGAUUCCAGAAAAUGAGCGACCUAAUGAAGAUGACGUAGCUAACCGAGCAAUAAAUCUCGCAGAACUUAACGAGAGAGUUAAGGGGUACUUUGGGGACUAUGAUCCGUCAACAAAAUCAAGUCAGUGUAAUCGUUGCAAUGGAAAAAUCAAGGGAAACAUUAGUCACCUAAAGGACCACCUGACAUCGAAGCACAAAAUCAUCGCACGAACAUUAGGAUUAGAGCCAAGAAAUCGAAGCAAACGUCCGAGAGAAGUAGACGAAGAAGAACCACUACCUAAGAAACUUAAAACAGUCAGCAUUAACAAAACAAUCAGAGAACUGAUCGAAUUCUUCUUAAGCUCAAACAUAUCUUUGAACUGCGCAGAAAGACUAAGAAAAGUUGAAAUUGUUCAAAGAGAGUUCGAUGCUUACAAUAAGGUCUUCAAUCGAAAGAAGCUCCGAGAAUACAUUCUUCAAGCAGCAGGAGAAGACACAGAGAAUGACAUAGAGGACAUCCAAGAACCAUUAAAAGGAAUCUACAAAGAGAUUGCAAAUGAGACUAAAGGCAAGUUAGUAUCAAUAAUGUUCGACUCUGCAUCAAGACAUGGAAGACACGUCUUUGCAGUGAGUCUGCGCUACGCAAAGGGAGACAAAGUAGUUGAGCGUACCAUAGGAGUCAUCACUCAACAUCAACGACAAACAGGAGCGAACCUCUUUAACCAAGUAGAGCUACUACUCAGGAAAGUUGGUUUGACGAUCAACGACAUAUACUCAACAUGCACCGACCAAGGAGCUAAUAUGCUCAGAGCAGCUGAUUUGGCAAUACAGGCGCAAGAUGCUAUCAGAAUAUGCCGAGCAAUAGCAAACCUUGAGCAUGAAGAAGAAAUAAACAUCGACGAAGCACAAGCAGCAGAGCGAGCAGAAGAAAUAGAUGUAGAACAUAUGCUUCGUGUAGAGGCAGAACUCGAUCGUGAGUGGGAUGAACAACAACAACAUCUGCAUGAUGAACAGGAACAGGAAGAUCCAGAGCCAUUAGUUACAGAAGUCAUGGUAGACGAAGGAGCUCUGUGUUCAAAAAUGGUUUGUGGUGCGCACACAUGUCAACUCGCAGUAACAGACGUCAUCAUCGAUUUUAGGAUGGUCAUAGCAGAAAUACGAGCUCUUGUGAAGGCAUCAAAGAGACUUGAGUUCUCUCAAGUUCUUCAUGCUGCAAGAAUCAGAAGCCUGCGCUUGGACGUCGAAACAAGAUGGGACAGUUUGUAUGGGAUGAUUAGCGACGUCAAUGAAUUCAGAAAUCAGCUCCAGGAAGUUGCGUUUACACACGAAAUACUUGCUCUCAAUGAAGACGCCUGGGAAUUCAUCGAUGAAUUCAUCCAAGUGUUCACUCCAGUGCACUUUGCGAUGAAGGAGUUCCAGAGAGCAGACAUCACAAUGAGUGAAUUUUACAUCAGCUGGGUGAAGAUGGAGCUCGAAAUCUCUGGUGUUCCACUUGGUGACGAAGAAAUUAAAGACAGACUACUCGAGGCAUUGGAACGACGUAAGAGAAGGUUCUUUGAAUGUGACGCCUUCAUCGCAGCACUUCUUUUAGAUCCUCGUAUCAACUGGUCAAAUAAUCAAGAAGAUUUCUUUGGCCCAGAACUACUGGAAAGAGGAAUGGUGCAUAUCGAAAAAAUUCACCAGGUACUUAUCAACAGAGGACAAGUUGAGCAACUAGAGGAUCAAAAUCGAGAUCAACAAAACGUCAUUUAUGAGGCAUUAGAUCAACGACUAGGAGGUGGUCGACGAGGACAAGAUCAAUCAUGGCAAAACAUAAACCAGCGGUUGACCAUUCGCCAACAGAUCAACAGGUUUCUAGCAGAGAUAAGAAUAUCAUCAGGUGCUAAGUUAAACCCGCAAAAGUACUGGUACAACAAACGUGAUGAAGAACCAGAAAUCUACAAGGUGUCUCAGGUUGUCUACGGGGCUGCUUUUUCACAGGUCAAGGUUGAGAGAGACUUCAGUGGUUUCGCUCUUGUCCUUAACCACUUGAGGACGUUAUUAGCAGACAACACGCUCAACGCAAUAAUGGUGUGCAAGUACAACUUAGACUUGUUACAAAAAAUCAAAUUUUUCUAAAAUUACAAAAGGAAACGUGAAAUAGAAGCUUAAAAACCAAGACAACCUAGACUUAGGCUGUCAAAGCAUAAACAAAAAAUCAACAAAACGGAAAUAGAGAAUGAAAAAAUUAGACUUAG